CUCACUUUCAAACUCGCUUACCAAAAACCUCCAAUGGCGGCUUCACAAGCACGAGAAGAGCCAAAAACGAUUCCACUCAAAACCUUAAUAGACAGAGAAAACAACAAAGUUGUCGCUGUAGAAGCAACAAAGGACUUCAUCGACACUCUCUUCAGCUUCCUUUCACUUCCACUCGCCACUAUCAUUCGCCUUUUAUCCAACAAUGAUCAACAACAAGAAUCCUCAGAAUCAUCACCAUUCCUUGGAAGCAUCAAAAACCUCUACAAAACCGUACAAACCCUCACUCCAAACGAUGUUUGGAACAACCCUGUCUACAAACAAAUGCUAUUGAAUCCCAAGAAUCCAUGUGAAUCACUGUGCAUGAACCUGUUCAUGAAUAUCGAUGACACUGAAUCAUCAAGUAAGUUUUUUGUGUGUGAUACUUGCAACAAGUUUACAACUUUACAGAAUCUUGAUUGUACUUGUGAAAAACCAACUAAUAAACAGCCUAAGAAUUUGGAUUCUGAGGGUCAGGAGAAUAAUGCACAAAAUGGGGUCUUUGUUAAGGAAAAUGGGUCAUUGUUCUUGGUGUUUGAUGAUUUGAAGAUUAUGCCUUGUUCUUUGAUGACCUCUGUGGAACGGUUGAAGGAAUUAGGGUAUUCAGAUUUGAGUAAUUUAGAGGAAGUCACACAUAACAUUGGAAAGCAAGAGAUGCUGAACCUCCUCAAGUACACCUUAACCUCUCAUGAGCCUCUGACAAAUACAAUUUUGAAAAGUAGCUCAAAGAACAGAGAAAAUCCACCAAAGGAAUUUGCAUCAGCAGUCAGAGCAAGGCCUUGCACCAGCGACGUUAAAAUGGAUGUUAAGCUUGCGCGAAGUAAAUCUCAGAAAAAAAUAAUCUUCGCAGAAGCGAGUGAAAACUUUGUUGAUUUCAUUUUUACCUUCCUCGCAAUACCAUUAGGGUCCGUUGUAAAGCUUUUGGAUGGUAACUCUUUCGUUGGAUGUGUUGAUAACUUGUACAAGACUGUUGAGACCUUGGACUCUUCAUUGUGCACGGACUCACGCUCGGUGUUACUCAAUCCUGGCCUAUCGCCACAGUUUGGUUGUCCAAAACAGCUCCUCAACAUUCCUGAUGUACGACCACAACCACCUACUACUCGUUAUUAUGGUACAGGGAAGCCAAAGCUAGUGUUCAGCGACUAUAAUGGGAGUCACCAAAUCGUAGAAGAAAAGAUAGAGGGAGGAGUGAUUUCUAAGAAAAAGGUAUCAAUUUAUAAUCGAAUAGUCUUGACUGAACUGGAUCCAAGAUCCUCAAACAAGUCAAAAGAAGGUGUUAUGGGAUUUGUGAAGAAUGCAACAUUAUAUGCUAUUGGAGAUGAUCUAACAGUAAAACCACUUUCUGGUAGUUCUUGCAUUUCAUAUUUGAAAGAAUUAAGCCUCCCCCUUGAUGAUCUGGAAAUGAAGGUGAUAAGCAUCGGUGAAGCUGAGGCUUUGAGCCUACUUGCAGCUUCCCUUACAUCAAAAUUUACACUGACUAGUGGACUAGAAAACUUUUUUAUUGUGCCAAAACAAGAAUCAAAUUUGACAUCAAAGUAUAUACAAUCUAGCAGGCUUGAUGAACUUGCAAAGGAACCUAUAGCAGAAGCCUGAAUUAUUAUUCAGUUACAGUUUCAACUUUUGUUUUGAACAAUAGCUAGAAGAUGUUGGACCUUGGUUUAGUAAUAUCAGUAGGUUAUUAUGGUUUCAUUUAACUAUUACUACUACUUACUAGUUUUUUUGGUUUUUGCUUGUGAUAGUUUAUUAUGAAUAUUAAAAUUUGCCAGUUAGCAAUUUAUUUAGUGACCAUUAUAUUUCGGAUUGCUUUUGCAGAGUAAACAAUAACAUUACGUUUCAAGCAUCAUAU